AUGCGUACCUCGGUUGAAAAUGGCGACGGAGAUUCAAUAAAACCUCCAUUAUUUGUUAAACCUACAGAAACCAAGAGGCCAAAAGAGUUAGAUGGUUACGUAGGUUUUGCAAAUUUACCCAAUCAAGUGUACAGAAAAGCAGUAAAAAAAGGAUUCGAAUUCACGUUAAUGAUCGUCGGAGAGUCAGGUUUGGGUAAAUCAACAUUAAUAAAUUCCCUUUUUUUGGCUGACGUUUAUUCAAGUGAAUAUCCAGGUCCAUCGUUAAGACCUAAAAAAACCGUGACCGUGGAUACGACGAAAACAUUACUUAAAGAAAAUGGUGUUAAUUUAGCAUUGACUGUCGUUGAUACACCUGGUUUUGGCGAUGCUGUCGAUAAUACAAACUGUUGGCAACCAGUUAUCGAAUACAUAGAAAGUCGUUAUGAAGAAUUUUUAAAUGCAGAAUCUCGGGUGAAUCGUAAAUCGGUACCCGAUAAUCGCGUCCAUUGUUGUUUGUACAUGAUUUCACCUUCUGGACACGGGUUGAAGCCUCUCGAUGUGGAACUCAUGAAACGUCUUCACGACAAAGUGAAUCUUAUUCCAAUCAUUGCCAAAGCCGAUACCAUGAUUCCAGAAGAAUGUGCAACUUUUAAAAAGCAGAUCAUGACAGAAAUCUCUCAACACAAAAUUAAAAUAUACGAGUUUCCUGAUAGUAUGGACGAAGAAGAAUCGAAAUUACACAAAGUACUCAAAGACAGAGUUCCCUUUGCUGUUGUCGGUUCUAAUUGUAUAGUUGAAGUUGAUGGUAAAAAAAUCAGAGGUCGAAAAUAUCCGUGGGGUAUCGCCGAAGUUGAAAAUUUGGAACAUUGCGAUUUUAUAGCACUUCGAAAUAUGGUUCUUAGGACGCAUCUUCAAGACUUGAAAGAAGUUACAAAUAAUGUUCAUUAUGAGAAUUAUCGUUUCAGAGCUUUGGCCGGAAUGGCACCUGAUGGAAAACCUGCCAGAUUGAAUAACAAGUGA